CUCUUCUCUUCCACCUCUCCUGCCUCUUCUCCUCUUCUCUCCUCUUCUUCCGCCUCAAUCAAUCAACCACAAUGGCCGUCACCGUCCAGAAGCCCGCCCCUGCCUUCACCAAGACCGCCGUCGUCGACGGCACCUUCGAGGAGGUCUCCCUUGACUCCUACAAGGGCAAGUGGCUCGUCCUCGCCUUCAUCCCCAUGGCCUUCACCUUUGUCUGCCCGACCGAGAUCGUCGCCUACUCCGACGCCGCCCCCAAGUUCAAGGAGCGUGGCGCCGAGGUCGUCUUCGCCUCCGUCGACUCCGAGUACACCCUCCUUGCCUGGACCAACGUCCCCCGCAAGGACGGCGGCCUCGGUCCUAUCCAGAUCCCCUUGAUCUCCGACAAGAACCACUCGCUCUCGUCCGACUACGGCGUCCUCAUCCCCGAGGUCGGCGUCGCCCUCCGUGGAAUCUUCCUCAUCGACCCCAAGGGAACCGUCAGACAGGUCACCAUCAACGACCUCCCCGUCGGCCGCAACGUCGACGAGACCCUUCGUCUCCUCGACGCAUUCCAGUUCACCGACGAGUACGGUGAGGUCUGCCCCGCCAACUGGACCAAGGGCUCCGAGACCCUCAAGCCUGACCCGACCGGAAAGCUGGAGUACUUCGAGAAGGUCAACUAAGCGUUGUCUUCCUCUCUCCUCUCCUUACUCUCUUCUCAUGAUACAUUAUAGCUACAUAGACUUACUUAAAAUAAUAAAAUAAUAAUGACUCUACUCUA